GUCAACCUUCUUGACAAAGACUUCAACCUACAACAGAACAACGAUGUCAUCUACAACACCUACUGUUAUGAGGACUCCAGCUGUCUCCAGUACAUCUUCAGUCGGGGCACAGAGUACUACAGCAGGAGGCGGAUGUGGACGUUGCCAUCCGAUUUGGGCCACCUGCGUCAACGGCACAUGCAUCUGCCUACCUGGUUACAACGGCAACGGUGUCAUCUGUGAAGAUAUAAAUGAGUGCGACGACAGGCCCGGACCCUGCCAUCCACGGUGGGCCAGAUGUACAAACACCAAUGGCUCUUACUCCUGUGCCUGCGUUUCAGGGUUCAGGGGAAACGGUGUCGAUUGUACAGACAUUGAUGAAUGUGCUGAAACCCUGGAUGACUGUCAUCGCACCAGAGGAUACUGCGACAACUUCGAAGGCGGAUAUGACUGCUACUGCAUCAGCAGAUAUCCGCGGGGAAACGGCCGGAAGUACUGCGUCCGUGACAUCAUUGUAUACGUGUCGGUUAGAGCGAUCGGGUACCCCUUCUUACCUGCUUACCGAGACAAGACUUCCAACGCUUUUAUCGGACUGAGGAACUGGCUUUUACCAAUGAUAUCCAGCAUACUCCAGCCAAUAAUGUACCAACCUAAUAUAUACUAUGGAGUGCAUUCGGUGGACUUGAAUGAAGUCAGGGACGGCAGCUUUGUUGCCAUUUUCGAAGUGAACGUGACAGAGCCGGCUCUGCCCGAGUUGGAGGAUUUGGUGGUCAACGUCACGAAAGGCGGCCAACUGGGAAACCUCACGAUACAGGCGAACCGAACAACGAUAGGGGAUGUCUCCCUUCUGGUUGCGAUAGAGCAGUGCUUCCUCGGGACGCACGACUGCCACGAUAACGCCACGUGUACGGACACGUAUUUCUCUUGGGACUGCACGUGUAACCCCGGCUUCACUGGAAACGGCACCUGGUGUGACGAUAUUGAUGAGUGUUCACUGGGUAUCGAUGACUGCCAUGAUAACGCCACCUGCACCAACACUAUAGGCUCUUAUUAUUGCACUUGUAACAUGGGCACUAUAGGCAAUGGCACGUACUGCGAAGUGGUGGAAUCGGAGUACAUCUCCUUUAAAGUGUUGGGACUGAACCUCACCUUAGACUACGAGAACAGUUCAUCCGCAGCGUACCAAGAUCUCAAGAACCAAAUGGAGCUUCUGGUCGCCGACGAAGUUGACGGGGUAGUUGCCGUCAGAGUGAUUGACAUACGGACUCCAGACACUGGUGUGGUUCUCCAAGUUGAUUUUGCCGAGUCAUCCAGAGAUGAAGUCAGAAGCAAUGUUUUCAGUGCCGCCAAUGAUGAUCGCUUGGGACCUCUUACUGUGGAUGGAAACGCUACCACUUUUGGGGACAUUUCCCUCCUUGUAGCACUGCCAGAGUGUGAGGACGGCAGUCACAACUGCACCGGUAACACGGACUGUGUGGAGGAAUAUCUAUAUUUCAGCUGUGCCUGCAAGGAAGGGUUUGUUUUCAAUGGAACAAGCUGUGAAGCGGCACGAUCAAACUACAUCUCCUUCAAGAUCCUGGACCUGGAUCCCACCAAAGACUAUGAGAACAAAACAUCAGCCGACUAUCUGGAGCUGACUGAGCUGUUAGAGGAACUGGUCAGGAACAUCACAGGAGACAUCGUUUCUGUGGAUCUGUUUGACGUGAGGCUCCCAGAUGCAGGUGUGAUUUUCCAGAUCAACACAACCGUGUCUGAUGUUGACGAUAUCAAACGAGCCGUCUUCAUGGAGGCAUCAGACAACAAGCUAGGACCAUUUACGUUAGAAGGGAACGCAACAACCUUUGGACCCAUUUCCCUCCUUGUGGCCUUACCGGAGUGCACUGACGGCACCAACAACUGCAGUACCAACGCAGACUGCGUGGAGGAGUACUUGUACUUCAGCUGUGUGUGUUCAGACGGUUUUGUUUUCAACGGUACAGAUUGUGAAGCUGUGGAGUCCAACUACAUCUCCUUCAAGAUCCUGGACCUGGAUCCCACCAAAGACUAUGAGAACAAAACAUCAGCCGACUAUCUGGAGCUGACAGAGCUGUUAGAACAACUGGUCAGAAACAUCACAGGGGACAUUCUUUCAGUGGAUCUUUUCGCUGUCAGGCUUCCAGAUGCAGGGGUCAUCUUUCAAAUCAACGCUACAGUAUCUGAAGUUGAAGAUGUACAAAGAUCAGUUUUUAACGAGGCAGCAGACAACCAGCUUGGUCCAUUUACGCUAGAAGGAAAUGCUACAACAUUCGGGCCAAUAUCUCUACUUGUGGCCUUACCAGAAUGCACUGAUGGCUCCAACAACUGCAGUACCAACACAGACUGCGUGGAGGAGUAUCUGUACUUUAGCUGUGUGUGUUCAGACGGUUUUGUGUUCAACGGCACAGGCUGUGAAGCUGUGGAGUCCAACUACAUCUCCUUCAAGGUUCUAGACCUGGAUCCAACCAAGGACUAUGAGAACAAAACAUCAGCCGACUACUUAGAGCUGACAGCCCUACUGGAGGAGCUGGUUAGGAACAUCACAGACUUCCAGACGCAGGGGUGA